AUGCCUGCUGCAACGCGCUCAACAACGCGCAACACCCCUGAUCCCCUCCCAGGCCCCUCAAAAAAGCGCCCCAGACCAGGCUCCCCCUCCGACACCCCCUCCGAUACCGACGCAGGCACAUCCGCGCCCAACUCCACCGCCAAACGUCAGAAGCCUGCCUCUCAGCAGACGCUUUCCUCAGUGGGCGGGCGCCCAGAAUCGCCCCUCAGGCGCAGAGAUUCCAAGGAGAGAAAGCGCAGGCAGAAAAAGAAGCGCAAGACGCCCAUCGUCGAUCACAAUGGGACUGCCAAUCCAGGGACUCUUGCUGGCUCUAGGGGCAUCGCCAGAACAACAGACGGCAGCGUUGGCGCACAAGAGCGUCCCCGUAGCAGUGGCAGCGUUCGUCCCUCGAGCAGCCGCACUCUCUCAGAGGGGCCCAGUCAGCCACCACCGCCUAUGGAUGGUGUGUCUGCUGUCGCUCCCGACACCAGCUCGGUUCAACCUGAGCAGGCUGUUAACGACCCUCUGCCAAAGGUGGAGGAUACAUCCGGCGAUCAAGAGCGGGUAUCGGAAGCGGCCACCUUGACUUCGCCUGGGCCCUCUUCUGACCCUAAGGGGAAAGGCAAGGCUAAAGCUGAAGACGAAGAAAUUGCCCAGGCAGAGUCCUCAGCAAUGGCAGGCGCCACCGCUACUGCGAGCGAGGGAGUAGAUGCAGAGCACCUCAAGGCGGAAUUGUUGGUCGCGAACUCGCAACUUACCGCACACGAACGCCUCACAACCACCUUUACCGAAACUGCGACGUGCCAAAUAUGCCUCGACCUCCUGUAUCGCCCCUACACCCUCUCCCCCUGUGGCCACGUCUCGUGCUACAACUGCCUCGUCUCGUGGUUCACCGCUCCCCCGCCGUCCUAUGCCUCGGAGCGUCCCGCGGGCCCCCCACCUGCCGCAGCCGCAGAGCCAAGCACAAGUGCGAACGGCGCGGGACCUUCGGGUUCCGGCCAGAGCGCAAACCCAAACCCAAACCCUAAUCCUACUGCAAGCGCGAGCGCACCCCGCCCCAACCGCCCCAACGUCAUCGGGCGCACGAAAACGUGCCCGCACUGCCGCGCCAAGGUGCGCGGCCGUCCCGCGGAGGCGUGGCUCGUCAAGGAGCUUGUGCAGGCGCUCGUGGACAGCGGGCUCUCGGGCGUGGACGCUGCUGCUGCUGCUGCUGUCACUGCAAACGCGAGCAGCGCGGACCCCUGGUCAGGCAUAUUCCUCCCUGAGGCUACGCGCACGGAUCCACCGUGGGCCGCACGUCGCCCGUGGCUGUAUGCACGUGCGCCGUCGCCGCCUCCGUUGGUCCCGCGGCCUGCACGGGCGAACGGGGUCGUAGCCAACGUCAACGCUAACGGGGUCGCAGCCAAUGCGAACGCGAACGCGAGCGUGGAGGAGCGCGGGAUGCUCGACGAGGAAGACGGUGGGAUAUACCGCUGCGUCGAGUGUGUGCACGAGAUCUGGGCGGGGCGGUGUACGGGCUGCCGGCGGGUGUACCCCGCGCACCCGGGGUAUCGGCCGCUGGGGUGGGACUUUGGGGAUACGGACGAGGACGAGGAUGAGGAUGAGGAUGAGUACGAGAUGCGGCGGGUGAGGAUACGGCUGGAUGGGGAGGAUGGUGAAGAUGAGGAUGAAGACGAGGAUGAGGAGGAGGAUGAGGACGAGGAGGACGCGGACGCGGUGGAUCUUAUGGAUGCGAUCGACACUGCGGACGCGGAGGGCGAGUUCGAUGUGGACGAGGAGAUGGACGAUAUCGAUAUGUAUGGGGAUCCGUAUAGCCCCGACGAGGAUGGGGACGUCGAUCCGGCGGAGUUCUUUGGUGCGCCUGGGUACUGGUACGGCGGGUGGGGCGACGACGGGAUGCAUCAUGGCGGGGAAGACGAGGGAGACGGGGAGAGCAGCGCGGCGGAGGUGAUGGAUGGAUACGAUAAUCCGCUCUGGAUGGGCAUCGAGGACGGGGACGGGGCGGGUGACGAUCAUGGUGUGGGCAGCGACGAUGGGCGGCGCGUGUAUAUGCCGGGGUUUGGUCCGGGGGACGGGAGCGAGGACAGCGAGGACGAUGAAGACCAGGGCGAGGAAGGCGGCGAGGACGAGGACGACGCGUGGACUGUCGAGGGUAUCAUGCACGAGGCAUUUGGCCCGCAACACGAGCUCUAUCGAGGGGUUGUGGAAGGGUACCGGCGCCAGCGGGAGGCUGCUGCUGCUGCUGCUGCUGCUGGUGUGCCGAGCGGGCUGCAUCGUGCGUACGCCUUCAACGAAGGGAGCGCGUCGUCGGACUCGGAAGAGUACGAGAGCAGCUUCAUCGACGACGAGGACGAGCAGCCGCGCGGUUUGCCACGCCUUGAUCUCCCCGGUGGUGCGUUCAUCGAGGAGGUCGACGACGAUGGUGCCUCUCUGGACCACGAUAUCGAUGUUGAGGGUGAAGACGAGGACGCUCUAGGCGAGACGGACGACGGCGGGCCGGAGGUUGUUGACCUGGACGACCUCGGUCACGGUGGUGGUGAUGGCGAAGAAGAUGGAGAUGGCGAAGAAGACGGAGACGGAGAUGAAAGCUCGGACAUGGAUCACGAUCUCGUCCCGGCCGCGCACGGUGCGCACGCCUCGAGGCGCCUGCGCGUGCCUUCGUCUCCGCCGCCGGUGCGGGUGCGGAAUGUGAGGCGGUUGCUUUUGAGUUCGAGUGACGAGGAGGAGUAGAUGUGGUGCGGGUGGAUAUUGUGGGGUUCAUUGGGGACCGAUACAGAGGGUGUUGAUUAGGAUACUGGAGACGAAUAUGGGCGCGCUGCAGGAUCCGUAGGGUCUUAGAAAGUCGUGCGGCCCGAAUUUCGCAAUGGAAGGCAGCGGGCUUCAUGAUUACAUAUGACUUUGUGGAAUUUAGUCUAUUAUUUGGCGAGGACCCAUUGCAACAAACUAGUUCGUUCGAUGGAUGUGAUUGGUCGUGGUGGGGACGCCGUAACCAUUCAACCGAUGCAUCGAUGAACGGGAUUGUAAAUGCACAAAAGGGUUGGGUAACCUACAAUGAGAAAUACCACUCUCGUGAAA